AGAUCCAACAUACGCCACAUUACCACAUUUCAAUUCAUUAAGUCCGUCACGACCCCAACUACUUCUACAUUAUUUUUCUACUUUUCAGAAGACAUCACCAUCUUCGUACAUACGCCAGAACUCAAGGGAUACUUAUUCCCCUUUGGUGAAAAAAUGGACGAAUCACCUAUUGAUGUUACCUCCAACCGCGAGGAGAUGGACAAACUGAACACCGUGGAACAGACACAACUCAUUCUUGCGCGAUUAAUGGAAGGUGGCCAAGAAGAUGACGAUACUUGUCAGGAGCUCGAUCGACUCACCAAGCUUUUAAAUGAGGAUAUCACAAACAAAAACAAGACUCAAUCCAUCUGCGAUGUAAUCGACGAUGUUUGUGUCGAUACCAUUCUCGGUUACCUUGACAUGAGACAAGCCGAUACCGUCCGUGGACACGCAAUCUUGAGCGCUUCGGCAUAUCUGAAAGCUGCCGGAAAAAAGGGAGACGAAGCUCUAAGUAAAUUCUUUUUCGAUCGUGUGAAAAGGGGUACUUAUGAUGACUACAUCGUCGCUUUCUGUGUCGCCGCCGCUAUCUUCCCAAUCGCCCCAGAAACAACAUCGGCCAUAUUCCUCACUGAGGGUUUCUUACCUUCCCUUGAUCCCUUGAUGCGACGAAAAUGGAAGAGCAGAAAAGUCGAGACAGCAUGCCUAGACAUGCUUAACGCCGCUUCUAUGAACUCGUCAUGCCGUGAGGCUAUCCGGAAGUAUUGUACCGACUGGCUAGAGGAGGUUGUCGACCAAGACCCGAAUGAACUGGCUAGGUCGAUCCACGCGGCGGAUCCCGAAGUUCAGGUUACCGAAGGUUCAAUUGCUAUGAGGAGGCAUUCCGAGGCGGUUCAGCAUCUCGCUGCGGUGAUCCUAGCAAAAUUGAAAGCUGUGCCCUCAUCGGCGCAACAGACGACGGAAGGAUCCGAAGGUAGAAUUCAACAAGCGACAACUAGUAUCGAGGAUCUCUCUAGGAUGUUCGGUUCGAUGAUACUUGGAGACCCAGAAAACGAAGACGGCAAACGACAUUCAGUAGAGGGUUUGGCUUAUGCGACUAUCCAACCCGCGAUUAAAGAGGAAGUAGCUCACAACAAGGAACUUGUGAAAUCUCUGGUUAGGAUUCUAGCUGACGCACCCGCGAAAGCACCUCUAACAUACGGAGCACUUAGCAUUUUUAUGAACCUAACGCGAUAUCAACCAGUACAAUCCGAGGAAGAAAAGAAGAUGACUCAACUCAAGGCUUACGCUAACGCCAGUGGAAAGCUCGCGCCGGCUAAUCCGUUGAACGAUGACAAUCAUGUUUCGGAACGAUGCAAACGAGUUUUUGAAGCCGGUAUAGUACCAGUUUUGGUAACUCAUAGUAGGCACGGUUCUGUUGCCUCAUUAAAUCUCAUCGUAUCCAUUAUUUCAGCAUUAUCAGUUACGACUGGUUUGCGGGGUCAGCUUGCCCAGCAAGGUGCUGUGAAUUUACUUAUUGCUGCUUGUACGGCAUUACCAGAUACCGAAUCACAAGCUAAGCGCACUGCUGCUCAAGCUCUUGCCCGUAUACUCAUUAGUACGAACCCGGCUCUCGUUUUUGGUGGUACUCGCGCACGUCCCCAAAAUUCUGCCAUACGGCCUCUCACCUAUAUUCUUUCUCCUGAUCCCACAGCGGAAACUCGAGAUCUUUUGCCAACAUUCGAAGCAUUGAUGGCUCUGACUAAUCUCGCAUCGACGGACGACGACACACGAGUUACAAUAAUUCGCAAUGCAUGGUCCGAGAUCGAAGAGUUACUUCUGUCCUCCAAUAAUCUUGUUUCAAAGGCAGCAGUGGAAUUAGUAUGCAACCUGGUUCAAUCUGUCGAGGGUGUUGCUCUCUAUGCAGCCGACAACCCACAGGCGGCCAAUCGGUUACAUAUUCUACUUGCACUUGCGGAUGCUGAGGAUGAAGGGACAAGAAGUGCUGCUGGUGGUGCAUUGGCUUCUUUAACAGCAUACGAAGCUAUUGUGACUGGUAUUGUUAAGAGAAAACGUGGAGUUGAGGUUGUCUUGGGUCUUUGUGGGGAGGGAAAUGAAGACUUGCGGCAUCGGGGUGUGUUCGUAGUGUAUAAUAUGGUUGCCUAUGAAGGAGAGGCAGGUAAGACGGCACGAAAAGCGAUACGGGAGAAGAAUGGGGUAGAGGUAUUGAAGGGAUGUGCAAAGGCCAGCAGGAGAGCUGAAGUUGUCGAGGUUACUAUUCAGGCGUUGAAAGUUUUGCUUGAGGAAGAUUAGGUGUACGACUUGAAAAAAUGGAUGAAUUGUUAUGCUUUGCAAAUUAUUGGUGCAAGGGACGGGAAUAUUGAAUUGUUGAAAUGUGUACUAUUUUGACCUAUUAUCCGGUUCGGAUUUUUGAGCGUGCCAUCUAUAUCUAAUGUGUAUGAUUUGACUCUCUGGA